AUGUUUCAAUACGAAUUUGAGAAGAGACCCGCAUCGGCACACUCGUGUGAGAGCCAGGCCACCGUCACCGAGGGUCCUAUACCACACUACUAUAGAAACAGUCCUCUGCAGUUCUGUACUGAUCCGGAGCUCUUCUCGUACACAAACAGACACAGAUCCGACCUACGUCUAGCCGAGGGUCCUAUACCACACUACUAUAGAAACAGUCCUCUGCAGUUCUGUACUGAUCCGGAGCUCUUCUCGUUUGAGAGGACGGGCCUUCGAAAUCCCAACAUACCGCGUCUGUGCCACUAUUCGAACGGACGAACUCGUUCGAGGGAAUCUAGUAAUCAAAAGGUCCCGUUGAAGGUGUGGAUCGUUGCGAGCGCGUCAUGUUUCGCGGUCUGCGCGGUCCUGGUCCUCGCAACUGUGGUGGUCACGAGAUGGGGAACCAGCGAGUACACAGCCCGAGAGAUUCAUUCACAUGAACCGGAGCCUAUAUAUUCGGAGAUUUAUUCAAAAUCAAAACAAAACACUGAAGAAGUUACCGCAGAACCGCGCUUAGACGAAGACAACGAAUUACCGAUACUAGAAAAACUGUCGUUUUUCAAAAACAUUGUAAACAGAAACAGGAAUGUUGAUUUGAAAUCUAAAACGCAAAUUCAUCCGAUACACGAAGCAAUCGAACACAAAGAGCGUAAAAUCGAGAAGAAAGAUAAACCGAAGCCACCUAUCAACUACGAUUUGAAUGACAUCAACAAUGACAAUGACUUGGCGGCCACCGAAAGGGACGCAUCUGAAAAAUUAUUAGAAUCCGAAGAUAAUAACUUUGCACCGAUAAGUUUUAAUAAGAAGACGGACAGACGCAUCGAAACUUUACGCGCUAAAAACAAUGACGCGUCUUCGUUUGACGUUAACGCUAUCGAGAGAGAAAUAAAGAAUAUAGGUGAUACAAUAGUGCCAGAAUUCAAGCCGUUAAACUCUGAGGUUCUAAUCAAGAAAGUCAAACUGCCUGUUAGCUAUUUAGAGACACUAAGAACUGAAGUGGACUACGAUGAAUAUUACAAUGAUAUAAACCUUUACGAUGACUACAUGCAAAGCAACACAAUGACGAGUUAUUUAAUUGAAAAAGUUCAAGAAUUGCACAAUUGGCUAACAAAAGACUCCGAUUUCGAUGUUAUCAAAAAUUCGACUAAGAACAGAAAUGAUUUCGGCGAAGUUUUAAAAGCUCUUAACGAAAGUCUGAUCGAAGGGAACGCCAGCGUGGUCCUUAAUAAGCUGAAGGAAAUUUAUUUCGGUGAAAAUUUCACUAUUGGAGUUCACGGCAGGAGAUCGAUGCUGGGGAAUGAAACUGACUUACUAUCGUUUGGCAUUUUGAGUUUAGACGUAAUGCUGCUACACAAUAUACAGACCAUGGCUUGGGAGAGUCAGGAAACGGCCCGUAUAAACAUGAUGAAGGAUCCAAACGUUUUCGCUUUCAACGCCCUCUUCAUGGACCCGAGUAAAGUCGAAGCCAAAAUGAACGAGCAAAAUCAACCGUACGACGUAUAUCCAAAACGUCAAAAUAAAUUAACACCCGCAGACGACUAUGGUUUUGGAAAAAAUCUCUUUGAGAACAUUCUCGAGAUCGGAAUGGGCACGGCCCGAGCGGCCAUACAUUUAGGAAGAGUUUACAAGAAUACACGGUCAGUCUUAAACCAAAUGUCGAAUAAAGAGAACACGCCGGUGUUGCCAAGGAACAUAGACGAGAACACCCACGCGCUUAAUCGUCUGCAGAGUUCGUAUAGUAGAAACGGCAGUGUUGCCAGCUCGGACGGUUUCUACACGGAGCUUGACUGCGUUUGGUUGUUGUACUGUAGGAAUCUCGCGGCGACAUCUAAACUUAACCCUCCUUACGGAACUAUGGCUCGGAUUAACGGGGUCGCCCUCCGGAUGCUUGCUGGAGAACUGUCAGGUGAUAAAGCUUUAGACACGAUGCUGUACGAAGUGUUCGCGGGCUGGACCGAGUUGAAGUGUGACGACAUGUUCCCCAAAUGCAGCAAAGUCAAUGCGGCCUCAGUCGUAUUGGAAACAAUAUUACAGCCGGCGAAGAAAACACAGCAGUUUCGAGGACGAUGAAAAAACAAAAACUUACUACUAAAAUGGUAGAUUUUUCACUGACUUGCAAUACUUUUUUGUUUGUUCUUUUUUUGAAAUGUAAUUUUCGUAGUUGCUCGCUACUAUUGAAAUUCCAUUUUAAUGUAUUAUGUACAAUAUUGUUUGUUGUUAAAUAUUAUUGAAGCCGUCUGUCUGUCUGUAGUUAAAUUAAAUUUAAAGGUUAAGAAAUAGUUUUAAUGUUUUAUAAGUACAUGGUUGGAGCUAUCUGACUUAGCUGUAUAAU